CAAACCCAAGAAGCAAAGACAAAAAAAAUUGGGUAUGAGAAUGGCAGAGGAGAGAGAAACAUUGCUUCUGAAAAAGAAGAAGAAACCAUUUAUUACUAGAACUAGUAGUAGUCAUUACAAGGAGGAUUGCCCUGGUUGUAAGAUUGAGCAGCUCAAGGACUCCAACCCAGGUCCCCCCGUCAAGCUUUUCUUCUUUCUCUGGAUUGUUGUCCUAUGUGCAGCUUUGCCAAUAUCGUCACUUUUUCCUUUCCUAUAUUUCAUGAUCUGACCUUAUAGUGAUGUGGAGCCUUUCCACAGAUAAGAGACUUCCAUAUUGCAAAAAGGGAGGAAGAUAUUGGUUACUAUGCUGGUUAUGUAGGAUCUUCAUUUAUGUUUGGAAGAGCUUUGACUUCUGUUCUAUGGGGGAUGGUGGCUGAUCGGUAUGGUAGAAAGCCUGUCAUAAUGUUUGGCACCAUUUCAGUGGUUGUUUUUAAUACUCUCUUUGGUCUUAGUACAAACUUUUGGAUGGCAGUUUGUACAAGGUUUCUUCUUGGAAGUUUGUGUGGAAUACUUGGGCCGAUGAGGGCAUAUGCUUCAGAAGUUUGCCGUAAAGAAUACCAAGCUUUGGGAAUGUCAAUCGUAAGCACAUCAUGGGGCAUAGGAUUGGUAAUUGGUCCAGCUCUUGGAGGCUUUCUUGCACAGCCUGCAGAAAAAUAUCCCAAUAUAUUUUCUAAAGAAUCCAUUUUUGGGAGGUUUCCUUACUUCUUGCCUUGCCUUACAAUAUCACUCUUCACAUUGUUUGUAUCCAUUGUUUGUUGUUGGCUUCCGGAAACGCUGCACAACCAUAAUGGAAAAGAUGAUUCAUGUGAUGCAUUAGAGGCUGCAACUAAUGAGUCCAAUGCUUUGGAAGAAGUGAAAAAUUCUGGAGAAGUUUCAACUUCAUUUAUGAGCCUUCUAAAAAAUUGGCCCUUAAUGUCGUCUAUCAUUGUGUAUUGUGUUUUCCAACUUCAUGAUAUGGCCUAUACGGAGAUAUUUUCGUUGUGGGCUGUCAGUCCAAGGAGCUAUGGGGGAUUGAGCUAUACAACUGCAGAUGUUGGUGAAGUUCUUGCUGUCUCAGGGCUUGGGCUCUUACUUUUCCAGCUAUUUUUGUAUCCCUUGGUGGUGAGAAUUGUUGGGCCCAUAAUGGUUUCUCGCAUUGGAGCUGCUUUAUCCAUACCGUUGUUAUCUAGUUACCCGUACAUAGCUAUGCUCUCUGGUGUUGGUCUCGCAUUGGUGGUUAGUUCUGCAUCUGUUCUAAAGAACGUUCUCUCUGUAUCCAUUACAACGGGAUUGUUUCUUCUGCAAAAUAGAGCUGUGUCACAAGAACAAAGAGGAGCUGCAAAUGGCAUUUCUAUGUCUGCAAUGUCUCUGUUUAAAGCAGUUGGUCCAGCUGCAGGAGGUUCACUCUUUUCUUGGGCACAAACGCGUCAAGGUGCUUACUUUUUUCCAGGUAAUCAUAUGGUGUUCUUCGCCCUAAACUUGAUCGAGGCGAUUGGACUGCUUUUGACCUUCAGACCCUUUUUAGUUCUACCUGAUGACAAUCUCUCCUAGCUUAUACACUCUACUCUACAUAUCAAACUAGAAGACUCCCCAAAUUUUGAAGAAUGAAGAGUCUGUUAUUUAUGACUGUUAUAUUUGAAUGACAAUAGGGGAAUUAGUACUGAGGAACAUUUUUAAAUAAAUUAUUUAUGACUUUAUUUUGAGAUUUUGUAUUGGACCAUUUGUUGUGAUUUAUUCAGAGUACUUUUUUUAAAUUA